UGCUGUUCGGACUAGACUCAAUGCUCUGCAUGCGAGGUAACGAGGAGAUUUUCGAAAUUCGCGACAAGCCUGGGUUUGAUCAAGAAUAGGCCUCUCAAUCAAUUACUGGAUCUCAAAUUUACUACCAUAGUUUACUACUUUGGUUACUAGCCAUAUAUAUGCCACAUGCGCAAUACGACCAUUGGCAUGCUGCUCUUAUUUUUAUUGGUUGCAAUACUCAUGAAGUCAAGCCAUGCCUUUCACGAUGAGGAUAGUCUUACUGAAUACUUACUUUCUGGAUACGGGAAGAAAGCGCAUCCUAGUUUGCCUCGUCAAAAGCCUACCGUGGUGCGCGUGUCAAUGAAGUUGGGUCUGCUCUUGGAACUGAAAGACAAAGAACAGCAAGUAUCAGUAGCGACCUCUAUCAACAUGAUAUGGAACGAUAGCAGGCUAAGCUGGAAUGCGUCGGCGCAUGACAACAUCCGGGCAUUGACCAUGGCAGCUUCCGACAUAUGGGUUCCAGUGAUUGGUCACGCAAACAGAAUAGACGGGAAACCAUCAUUACCAGACCACGAUGGUCCCAACUGGUUAACAGUGAGGUCUAACGGAACUAUCAACUGGAACAUCAGCGGUUCCUUGACGGCUCCCUGCCCAGUUAACGCGGCAUGUUUCCCUUUCGAUGUCCAAAAAUGCCAGUUGCAUUUCAUCGCCUUGAAACAGAGUAUCAACAGCCUAAAAUUGGAACCAAUCAAGUCCGUUGACACAAAUGGAUACAUCCGCCACAGCGAAUGGGAGCUGAUCAAAUCAGAGCUGAAACCAAAACUAGAAGAAAGCGGAAGUACAAAGUCUGGUUUCGUUUUAGACAUGGCCGUUAGGCGUCGCCAUCAUUAUUAUAUGUUCAGCGUGAUUGCACCGAGUACCCUCGUUUCCGUGCUGAUUUUGUUGGUGUUUUAUUUACCACUGGACGCUGGUGAACGAAUGUCGUUCAGCGUUACGAUCUUCUUGACGUUUUCCCUCUUCCAAAUCAUGGUGACUGACCGACUGCCUAACGCAUCUGGAAGCACGUCGAUUCUAGCAAUAUAUCUUUUCCUCCAGAUGGUGCUCUCAGCACUUUCCGUCGUCGUUUCCGUGCUGGUGCUGAAUAUGCAUUACGUCUAUUCACAAGGUUCGCGCAUGCCCAGAUGGAUGCGCCGUCUGUUUCUCGGGAGGCUAGCCACGUGUAUAGGCAUGCGCAAAACCGUCAAAGACUCAACGAACAACAACAGUAUCAAGUUGAAAAUUGCAGAGAACCGUGAAAAGUCUAUGAUUCUACGUCAUCACAGAUUGUCAGAACCAGGACCUGCAUCUGACGUCACGAAUAAUAACUCUAAUUUGAAUAACCAACAAAAUCCAAGAAUUUAUGAGUUGGUGAGUGCUGUCCACAAUGUUCUACGCGAGGUUAAGAGUAUAUCCCGUCGUGGCCACCAGGUGGAGGCAUCAGAGAAGGUCCAAGAGGAAUGGCGUCUUGGUGCCAUGGCGAUCGAUCGUCUGAUGAUUAUUUUCUGCGUUGCUGCUGUCAUAGCCUCCACUCUCGUCUGCUUUCUGAUCAUUCCAAGGUUGAACAAGGAUGUUUGUACAUAAUAAACUACGAAGGCAAUAUCACCGUGUACAUU